AUGGAAGAGCUCCAAAUCUCUAACAAUAUUUUACGGGAUAGGAAGGGUCUAAGAUGUCGAUAUCAGGAUUCUUCUCUAGAUGCCGCCAAGCGAUAUGUGCAUCUCGGCCGCUUGAAUCAUGUCGCAAAGGCCUCGAUCUUCCUCAUGGAUACCUUGUCUUCUGUAGACCUCUCGAGCCAUAUACCGGUCGAUGACCUCUCGGAUAUGAAGAGUAUAGAUAUAUCUGUCAGUGCGCAGGUACAUCGUAUUAUCCAUGCCACUGGGCGGUUUGUCAGUGACAUAAUCGAUCCAUUCUUCCGCGGGAUAUCCAAUUUCGUCCCAAUCUUCAGUCGAAAUCGCAUUCAGGAAAUCAUCGCCGGAAUACCAGUCAUCACUCCCUGCGCAGAUUUUUCCGUUCUUUUACUUGCUAUGUGUUUGAUAACGUACCAUCCUCAGGCACUCGAGAAGCCUCUACCAGGGAUCGACCAGGAAUCUUUGUAUAUCGCUACCAAGUCCCUUUUCGGUCAAGUGCAGACGGCCUCUUUCAUGCAAGGCCAGCCCUCAGUAUCGCUUAUACAAGCGGGAAUUUUGAUUGCAAUUUACGAUUACGCGCGAGGAAUGGCGAACAGUGCGUAUCUUUCCAUCAGCAUUUGCGCGCGUAUGGGCUAUGCGGCCGGCAUCCACGAGCAAACGAGACGGCCAGGAAGAGGGGCGCUCUCGAAGGAAGAAGGCAACACUUGGUGGGCAAUAUUAAUAUGGGAAAGAUUGAUUCGCUGCGAAGUGACAACGUCUCAAGAUCAGCCAUUCGCCACCACCUUGCCUGGACCGGAUGCACGACUCCCAACAGAGCCCAAAGAUAUCGAUCACGCAGAGACUCCAGACCUCGAUUUAGUUACUCUCGGUUCACUAGAAACCGAGUGUAUAGGUCCGUUUGGACGCGCAGCCCAAGGGAUCUGUAUUCUCGACCAAGUUCUACAAACAAUUCGUAUGGACCAAGCAAAUUGCAAACUAGCUCGGCUCAUUGAGUUGAAUAAUACGCUUCAAUCGUUCAUGAUGACACUCAUGCGGCAGCGACAUGGUGGUCGUGAACUCUUGAGUGGCUCCAUCGCAGUGGUGAUCAGGACGAUGUUCUUACUAAACGAGAAAAUUCUCGCCGAACAGCCUAAAUCUACACAAGAAAUGGAUAGCUGGUGGCAAGAGAGGGUUGAACAGUCCCAGGCAGCGCUUAGCACGGCCACAAAAAUGAUGGUCGAUAUCAUUGAUACCGAGUCGCGGGCCUGCCCACCCGAAGCCUGGCCUCCAAGCCGUUUGUAUCGACUUCGAGCUUCGCUUAGACAUCUUGAACGUCAGUCACACUUGAGUAAAGAUGACUGGUAUGACGAUGCCGAGGCUCGACUUCGUGUUGCGCUGGAUAAGGUUUGUUGGUUCUGGAGUGUGAAGAGGUAA